AUGUCGCCGUCCCUCCAGCGCAUGCUUAAACGUGCCGGUAUCGAGACGCUGAGCAAGCUCUGCGAAGCCUCCGGCGUGAAGAAGCUGCCCCAAGCGGUCUUCCAUCAGCUUCGUCGGCAUGCGCGGCAUCAGAGGGGUGACAUUGAGAUUGACGGGGCUUUCGUGCGGAAGGGACGGGAGUCUGGCAUCGCGCUUGAUGUGGUCGAAGGUAGCUCUCCGCUUGAGAAUGUUUUCUUGAUCGUCCAAAGUGGGCAAGAGAGCAUCCGUGAGUUGGCAGCAACCUCGGCGGAUCUUGAGCAGCUGACACACAUGGCCAACAUGCCAGAGGUGUACUUCUUUGGUCAGCGGGUUUGGGAGAACAUCCUGCUCUCCUGCCUAGCAGUGGAGAGGGCAGAUCUUGCCUCCAAAGUGGUGGAGCGCAUCUACUGUGAGCCUGCAUGGAUUGACGUUCAGGCACGGCUGAAAAGCAUCUGCAUGAGCGACUCGAUACAGGACAUGCUGAGGAAGCUUGCCGGAGGAUUAGGGCAGGAUGAAAGUUUCCAGCUCCCGAAGCUGAUGGAGAUGAGCAGAUGCCAAGUCUUGGCGCAGGCGAAGCAACGAGAGGCAAAGCAGCGCUUCAGCACUUUGGCCAAAGCCAAGAUUGGAGCUCUGCAGCAGCUGGCGGCUUUUGCACAGGGCCAGCCGCGGGACGAGCCGACCUUCGGAGUUCGCGACGUCUUGAUCCGCGACCUGUUAUCUCUCUGCCGAAGCUUCGGGGGCAGGGCGCAAAAUCUGGGAGGUUGGCCGCAAGAAGUCUGGCAAACCGCCAGGAAGUGGCCAUCCUACUACAAGCACGACCUCUUCUGGGGAUUGAUCGAUGCCAUUGAGUUGUUCAAGGCCCCUGCUCACUCUUGGACGGCGCACACCCUGUGUUUGUCGCACUUGGUUCGUGUGGAAGACAAUCCUCAAAUUAAGCAGUACGUGGACCGGGAGUUCACAGUGGAGGAGGUGGAGCUUACCUACACCUGGGAUGUGGACCAGGAAACCAGCAUCAAGGAGAAGGAUGAGGUUUUGGUGCGUGGUAGCCCCAGCAUGCGGGGCAAAGUGAAGACCAUGAUCCAUGCUGGCACGGGACGACAGUCCAAGAUCGUCCUAGUUUUUGACACCCGCUUUGGCAAGAACCCCAAUUUGCACAAGUUGGUGGGUCCAGACUACAGGGAGAUCUGUGCCAUGCAAGCAAAGUUUAGCAUUCAGAAUGGGGAGAACAUCAUGACGAGGGCAGUGGAGCAACAGAUUUCCGAGGUGACUAAACAAACCUGGUCCAAUGUGCAACAGAGCUUUCGCAGCUUCCUGAUGAAAACACCCCGUGCAGAUCCCGUCAGCGCCUCUCGUGCCGAAGAGGUCGUUCGCUCCAUGGACAGCCAGUACCUCGUAAUCCAGGGACCCCCUGGUACAGGCAAGACCUUCACCUCGGCUCAAAUCAUUUCCAGUAUUCUCCUCGCCGAGCCGAAUUCCCAGAUUUUGGUGUCCUCCAACAGCCACAAAGCCAUUCGGAACCUUUUGACAGCUGUGGCCAAUCUGGGAGUGAACCAAGUGGGAAAGGUCAUGAGCCAAGACGAGACGGAGCAGGAGAUUCGGGGCGAGGGCUGUGUGCCCGUGGCCAAUGGGAGGUUCAUCAGCCUGCCCUUUGGCUGCAGGGUUGCGGGUGGAACGGCGUCGCAGCUCAUGAAGCUGGGUGGCUCUUUUGACUAUCUCUUUGUCGAUGAGGCCGGGCAGGUGACUCUGGAACUGCUGGCCGUGCUUGGCGGCUUGGCCCAGAACCUGGUGCUGGUUGGAGACCAACAACAGCUGCCUCCGCCUGUCCAAGAUCGGCUGAAGUUGACGAAAGCGGGUGGCAUGAGCUGCUUGGAGUAUGUCACCGAAGGAGAGGCGAUCAUAAGCCCCUACCGCGGCAUCUUCUUAUCCCGCACUUACAGGAUGAGUGAUCGCUUGACAGAGGUCGUUUCCCGAAACUUUUACGCCGGCGGCCUUGAAGCAGCUCCCCGGAACGCAGGCAACCGCCUGAUCCUGGCCCCAGGCUUGCUGACCGUGGACACGGGAGCGGAGUUCGUGCAAGUACCGCACGAGAACAACUUCCAGUCAUCGGAGGAGGAGUGUCAAGUGGUGCAGCAGAUACUUCGCCAGCUGCUCGAAAGCCAGGUGGUUCUCGACGACCACGACCCGCGGAGCCUGAAGCCGGAAGACGUCAUCAUCGUUUGCCCCUACAAUGCGCAGGUGGUGAUGGUCAGGUCGACCCUGGCUGCAAAUCCCGCGAUGCGGAAGAUUCGGGUCGGCUCGGUGGAUCUCUUCCAGGGCCAGGAGGCCGCUGUGGCUUUGGUGUCCCUGGGUGCCAGUUGCGGACGCCUGCCGUUCGUUUUGGACCCCAACCGGACCAAUGUGGCUGUGUCGCGAGCAAAGGCUUUGGCCGUUUUGGUCGGAAGUCCGGCCCUCGGGGAGGUGCAGGUGGAGACGGUGGGGGAGUUUACUUUGCAGAGCCGCUAUGCGAAGUGGCUCCGCCAGAACUUCGCUUGA